UCAUUCUCACAAAACCUUAUUCUUCAAGUCCAAUCAGGAGUUUUACUUUGUUUUCCCCUUAAAUCUUUUCGAUAUUUUCUUUUGAUUAAUAAACUUGUUGAAAAACAACGUAAAGAAGAAAUCUAAAGAGUUGGAUACCAUCGAAUACAACAAUGGAGAUGAUAACGAAGAUGGUGUUGGAGAGACCAGUGGUGAUAUACAGCAAAAGCUCAUGUUGUAUGUCUCACACGGUCAAGACUUUGCUCUGUGAUUUUGGAGCGAACCCAGCGGUUUACGAGUUAGAUGAGGUGUCUAGAGGGAGGGAGAUUGAGCAGGCGCUGUUGCGGCUCGGGUGUAGCCCAGCGGUACCGGCUGUUUUUAUUGGAGGAGAGUUGGUCGGUGGAGCCAAUGAGGUCAUGAGUCUACACCUUAACGGAUCCUUAAUCCCGAUGCUUAAGCGGGCUGGUGCAUUGUGGGUUUGACUUAGUAUAUCUAACUAGCAACUUAACACUGAGUUAAGUACGCAGAAUAAUGUUUUUAAAUUUUAACACAUGGAUGAUCUUUGACAUGGUGAUAUGAUGAGUCCACGUCAGAUCAAUAAUCAGUGUGUUGUCUUCUUAUUGUACUUCUGAGGUUACUUAUACAUUUUUAAAAUGUGCAAUCAAUUAUAUGAACUUUUAAGAGAAAAAUA